GUUGUUUAGAUCAGAGCUCAAACUAGUUUCAUUUCUAAGGAAGUCAAGGUAAAACAGUCGCUAUCAUCUAUCACAGCUGAAAUGGCGCAGAAAGGAAUUCAGCUGCACCGGGAAACAAUUUCUUGUUCGAUCUGUCUGGAUCUACUGAAGGAUCCAGUGACUAUUCCCUGUGGACACAGCUACUGCAUGAACUGUAUUAAAAGCUUCUGGGAUGACGAGGAUGAGAAGAAUAUCCACAGCUGCCCUCAGUGCAGACAGACCUUUAAACCAAGGCCUGUACUGGUGAAAAGCACUGUGUUAGCAAAUUUAGUGGAGGAACUGAAGAAGACUGAACUCCAAUCUGCUCCUGCUGAUCACUACUAUGCCGAAUCUGAAGAUGUGUCCUGUGAUGUUUGUACUGGGAGAAAAUUUAAAGCCAUCAAGUCCUGUCUGGUUUGCCUGGUCUCUUACUGUGAGAAACACCUUCAGCCUCACUUUGAAUCCCCUGCCUUUGAAAAACACAAGCUGGUGGACCCCUCCAAGAAGAUCCGGGAGAACAUCUGCUCUCAUCAUAAUGAGGAGGUGACGAUGUUCUGCCAUUAUGAUAAGCAGUGUAUCUGUAACCUCUGCUCUAUGGAUGAACAUAAAGGCCACGACACAGUCUCAGUUGCAGCAGAAAGGACGGAGAGGCAGAAAAAGCUUGAAGUGAGUCGACAAGAAAUCCAGCAGAGAAUUCAGGACAGAGAGAAAGAUGUGAAGCUGCUUCAACGGGAGUUGGAGGCUAUCAAUCGCUCUGCUGAUGAAGCAGUGGAUGACAAUGAGAGGAUCUUCACAAAGUUGAUCUCUGUCAUACAGAAAAGAAGCUCUGAUUUAAAGCAGCAUCUCAGAUCCCAGCAGAAAACUGAAGUGAGUCGAGUCAAAGAACUUCAACAGAAGCUGGAGCAGGAGAUCACUGAGCUGAAGAAGAAAGAUGCUGAGCUGAAGCAAUUCUCACAAACAGUGGUUCACAACGAAUUUAUACAAAAACAACCCUUACUGUCACAACUUAGUACAUCUACGGACUCAUUCAUCAUCAAAAGUCGUCCUUUGAGGUACUUUGAUGAUGUGACAGUGGCUGUGUCAAAAGUCAAAGAUAAACUAAUGGACAUUCUGAUGAGUGAGACGUGGACAAACAUCUCACUGACUGAGUUGGACAUUUUACUGCCACCACUCGAUCCCAAGACCAGAGACGAUUUCUUAAAAUAUUCACGUGAAAUCACACUGGAUCCAAACACAGCACACACAAAGGUGUUAGUAGCUAAGGGGGACAGAAAAAUCAUUAGUGAACCUUGCUCUUAUUCCCAUCACCCAGAUAGAUUCACCUCAGAUAGGCAGGUCCUGAGUAGAGAGAGUCUGACUGGACGUUGUUACUGGGAGGUGGAGUGGAAUGGAGAAGGAGUUAAAAUAGCUGUCGCAUACAAGAACAUCAGCAGAAAUCACUUCUUUGGAGGAAAUCAAGAAUCUUGGGCACUACAUUGUUACAAAUCGAGUUACAAAUUUGUGUCCAACGAUGUUGCAACUCCUGUCUCAGGCCCUUGGACCAACAAAAUAGGAGUGUACCUUGAUCACACUGAAGGUAUUCUGUCCUUCUACAGUAUCUCUAACACCAUGACUCUCCUCCACAGAGUCCUGAUCAGAUUCACUCAGCCUCUCUAUGCUGGGCUUUGUCUUUACUACUGGUAUCGAGAAACUGCAGAGUUCUGUGAACUCAAAUAGAGAAGUCAUUCGGUGGGUUACUAACCACAGUGAGUUAAAUUCUGUGUUGUAAUUUUUAAACUGAUUUUGUCUUGUUGUUUGUUGCUGAGAGCUCAUUGUUGUGGCAUUUCUUCACUGCUCUAGAUGGUACUUUGACAUCUUAUCUAUUAAUAGAUAAGAAGAUGUCGAAGUACCAUCCAUAAUGUUUUCUUGAGGUGAUCUUUGAGCAGCGAAGAAAUGCCACAACAAUUAACUCUCAGCAACAACAGUGUCUGAGUUUCUUUAGGUGGAGCUCCUUGCUGUGUCUGUUUACCAACGGAGGCUAUCACUGCUCGUGAUGAUUUUUGUUUAUGUAAACUGAUAUUUCUCUACAUGAAACUGUACACUUUCUUUAUUGAACAUUAAUAUUGAUGUAUCGGUUUGUUAUUGUUUAUUACUGAGUCUAAAGAAAGAAAGUACUAGACCUUCCUUUAUCAUUUAGGAUUCAUCAUUUAUUUUUGUUAUGAUUUAUUUCGUAAAGAAAUUUAUAAUAACAUUUCCAUUCAUUUUUGGGCAGAAUAAAUGUUGUUGUUAUUGACAUGCAAAUGAGCUGCAAUUAGAUAUUAUAAAAGAGUUAUUAUUGUGAGGAUUAUCAAUCAAGAUAUAUCAAGCUAUCAUUUAUUCAUUUAUUUUACUUAUAACUCAUGAUUUUAUUUUCUUAUAGCUGUGAUUCUAGUCAAAUAAACUGAAGUGAAUCAUUACCUUAAAUUACUACUGAUGGUAUGGGUGAAUAAACUCACUGCUUAUGUAAUGAAUAAAUAAAC